AAGUUGCUCUAAUGACUGUUCUUAAGACAUGAAUUUACUAAAUCUGGGAGAACAUGCCAAAAGGGUGUGUAGAAAUGGUGGAAUUUCUUGAGAGAGAAAGUUAGAGAGAGAGAGAGAGGAAGGUGGAAAAAGCCACUUUGCAGCUACCCCAGUGUAUAUGCAGUUUCUUUUUUGUUUAUCGUAUCAUCCCAUCUUUCAUACCUGCUUCACAAUCACAGCAUAGCUAACUCUUAAGCUGCUGCUGCUGCUGCUGCUGCUGGUUCAGUUCUGGGACUGUUCUUUUGCUUCAACCUAUUUUUUGGGGUUUUCCCCCCUCCAUUUCCAACUUUUUCAGUGAACUUUAGGGUGUGGGGUUAAUGGUGUAUUGACUUUAAAGCUUUCCCACUUGAUUUUGCUUCUGAAAGAUUGUUAAAAGAUUCUAGCAAAUUUUUGUUUCUGGGAACGAAAGAAAGGGCUGUUUCAAGCAGAGAAAGCUGUAGAGUGAACCAUGGCCGGAGGUGCUAAAGUAGAGGAACCACAGGCUCAUCCACCCAAGGAUCAGCUACCCAACGUUGCUUACUGCAUCACUAGUCCACCACCAUGGCCGGAAGCUAUACUUCUCGGUUUUCAACAUUAUCUGGUGAUGUUAGGCACGACCGUUCUUAUUCCUUCUUCUCUUGUUCCUCAGAUGGGUGGUGGAUUUGAGGAGAAGGCAAAGGUUAUCCAAACCUUGCUCUUUGUUGCUGGUUUGAACACGUUGCUACAAUCGUUCUUUGGAACUCGAUUACCCGCUGUGAUUGGAGGGUCGUAUACCUUUGUACCAACGACCAUUUCAAUCAUCCUUGCCGGUCGAUUUUCUGAUACAGCUGAUCCUAUUGAUAAAUUCAAGAAGAUAAUGCGGGCAAUCCAGGGUGCGCUCAUUGUUGCAUCAACCCUUCAGAUUGUGCUGGGCUUUAGCGGUCUGUGGCGCAAUGUUGCAAGGUUUCUUAGCCCACUUUCAGCUGUGCCGUUGGUUUCUCUUGUUGGCUUUGGGCUUUUCGAGUUGGGUUUCCCCGGGGUUGCCAAAUGUGUGGAAAUUGGACUGCCAGAGCUUGUCCUUUUGGUGUUUGUUUCACAGUAUUUGCCUCACGUGAUCAAAUCUGGCAAACACAUAUUCGAUCGUUUUGCAGUCAUUUUCUGUGUGGUGAUAGUUUGGAUUUAUGCUCACCUACUAACCGUAGGAGGGGCUUACAAAGGCUCACCACCUAAAACACAACUAAGUUGCCGAACCGACCGCUCGGGGCUUAUAGAUAAUGCUCCAUGGAUAAGACUUCCAUAUCCGUUUCAAUGGGGGGCACCUUCAUUUGAUGCCGGUGAAGCCUUUGCCAUGAUGAUGGCGUCGUUCGUUGCUUUAGUCGAGUCCUCUGGUGCUUUUAUUGCUGCGUCCAGAUAUGCAAGUGCCACUCAGCUUCCACCCUCGAUUCUCAGCCGUGGUGUUGGUUGGCAGGGAGUUGGAAUUCUACUUUCUGGGCUGUUUGGAACUGUGAAUGGAUCCUCGGUGUCCGUUGAAAAUGCUGGUCUCCUGGCCUUGACCCGUGUUGGAAGUCGAAGGGUUGUACAAAUUUCCGCUGGAUUCAUGAUUUUCUUCUCCAUUCUUGGGAAAUUUGGAGCUGUCUUUGCAUCCAUUCCAGCCCCCAUUGUUGCAGCUCUUUACUGUAUUUUCUUCGCUUAUGUCGGCAUGGGAGGUUUAAGCUACCUCCAAUUCUGCAACCUCAACAGCUUCAGAACAAAGUUCAUAUUAGGAUUCUCCAUCUUCCUGGGACUCUCUGUGCCACAAUACUUCAAUGAGUACACUGCCAUUAAUGGCUUUGGUCCAGUCCACACAAAUGCAAGAUGGUUCAACGACAUGGUCAAUGUCCCGUUCUCUUCCGAGCCAUUCGUUGCUGGAAUCAUUGCAUAUUUUCUGGACAACACACUGCACAAAAAGGGCGACGCGAUCAAGAAAGACCGUGGCAAACACUGGUGGGCUAAGUUCAAAUCGUUCAAGGGCGAUACGAGGAGCGAAGAGUUCUACUCUCUGCCCUUCAAUUUGAACAAAUAUUUCCCAUCUGUGUGAUUUGUUGGGCUCUCUGUCAUUGCUGCUGCUGCUUCAUUAAAUGGGUCUGUGGAAAAUGAGAAGAUUGGGAUCAUUGUCUUGUUAAUUUAUUGCGAGUAGCAGCUGUAUAAGAUAGUUUCUUUUCUAUAUAGGAUUACCUUAAUAACUUCAUUUCAUUGCUUCGCUUUUGCUCUUUUGUAUAUCCAACGAAGAGGUGGAUUUCCAUGUGUCUAUGAACAAACAAACAUCCCUUC